AAUUAGAAUUCUUUUCACCUGUCUUUCACCUGGCGGCAAUUAAUCCGAAUAGAAGGGAUAAAGUCUCUAUUUCUCUUCUGUAAGAUUUUACCCAGAACAAAUAAAGGAGCCCUGGGACACAUUUUAGUCGAUAAACACUCAAUAAUAAUUUGUAUUCACGCAUCAGAACGUCACGACCGGAAUAUACCGGGUAGAUCUUUAACUGCAGACGAAUAGAUCGGACUACCUUUUCAGUUAAUCCAAAUCUCCUCAAUUGAAAGGUCAUUAUUCGUAAUUGUGUUCAAAUAUCCACAAUGGAGAAUGUUCGUUACCGUGUAGCAAAUGAUAAGUUUGAGAAGAACACUUAUUAUGUUGACACAGGAUUUAUGUACUUGGAACAUGAUCUUACCACUGGGGAGGUUAGAAAUGUUAGCGAGUCCUACAACGAAGACGCACAAGGAGAAAACCGUGCGAUAGAAUAUCAAGGUCAGAAACCCUUGGCGAUUACAGCAGGUCCGGGAUCUCGGGCUGCAUCUGUUAUAAUGCCCAUGAACGAGCCUGUGCAAGUUGCAGAUGACCCAAGGAUUGUCCGAAUGUCAAUUCCUGAAAGAGAGGGAUCAGUUAUUAUCCCCAGUAAAAAGGGCAAAAAGGGUAAAAAGGAGGGAUCCGUCAUUUUAACAAGGAAUGAAGGACCAGUCAUGAUGCCACGUAGAGAAGGGUCCGUCAUCAUCACACGCAAUGAGGGGUCAGUUAUUAACGGGUCUGUAGUUGGUGGAUCCGUGAGAUAUCCAUCAGAAAGAAUUGUGCAAAGAAGGAUUGUUACACCUACGGAAAGGUACGCCUUGUCUCCAAGAGAGAGAAUCAUGCCAGGACCGAGAUAUGUCCAAGGCCCAACAACCCGUCCACAAACAGUGAGGGUUAUGCAAUCACAAAAUGGUUACGCUCCAGCAGUUAAUUCGAUUCCGGAAGGAAGAAGAGUUGUCUACGUUGUUGAUGAUUCACAACAACCAGGACGAUACGCAACACAGCGUGUUGUUCACAGAAAUGAUGAUUAUGAGCGCCAACAUCGCGACAACAUACACAAAUUGUAUAAAACAACGAUAAAUGUCGGUAGCAGCGAUUCGGAUUCGAAUAGCGAUGUCCCGAAAGAAGUAAUUAAAACCCGAUAUCUGAAUUCUGCUAAUAAUAGAUUUAGUAAUGUGAAAGGAGUUCCAAUCGCGAAAAUGUAUGUGCCAACUCCAGAGGGACCUUCGAAAAAUUCCAAUUCGGACAGUGAAAAUAGUUCUCUUGAUAGUGUUGACAUUAAAAGGUUCGAAAAGGACUCAAAAAAGAGCAGAAGAUAUCAAAAGAGAAAGUGAAUUUGACGAAAAUGAAUUGUGCAAUAAACUACGCGAGGUACAGGGUAGAGAAUGAAAAAACUGAUAUCCAACAAGAAAAAAUAGUUUCGGAUUAUACUGGUAGACGUGUAUUCCAAACCAAAUUUUCGAAUUCUUUAACAGGAAUUGAAUAAAUCACUAUCAUAAUAAAGUGCUACUGUCAUAAUCAAAAAGUGAAUAUGUUAAUCGUUCAUGUAUGAAAAAGAAUAUGAAUAUUGAUAUUAUAUAUAUAUGUACAUAAUAUUAUUUUUAUACUUAUGUAUCCAAGUAGUUAGUUGUGAAAAUUACGAAUCUAAAAUAGGAUGUCCAAGAUCAUUCCGAAGGUUUAACGGGGUUGACCUUGAUUAAGGGUAAUAACUCUGUAAAUCAGUGUAGUAAAAAAAAUGUAGAACAAACGUAAUUAAGUGGAGCGAACGAAUAUUGAAGUUGCCGAAGCAAUUUGAAAGAACGCAAAAAAAUACGAAGUGCAUCGAAUUUUCGCAAAUCAAUUUCAUGUUUGCAAAAUAGAUCGGUAGGACUGUUUGGCGUUUAAGAAUAACUUUUACGCUUAAAGAUGAUGAGAAAUGUAAACCCCGGUUAACCAUUUGCAAAUACCGCCCUAAAUACCUUUGAAAAUUAAAGGUAUCCCUUAAGUUGUCUUUAAGAAGACUAUAGUUACGUGUGGUCAAAUUUUAAAAGCAAGAAUGCAUAUUUGUACUGUGUUUUUGAACUUUUAAGUAGUAAUUAAACAUGUGUGGUAAACGUGUUGGCGUUUCGUAGGUGACUUUAUUGAAUAAUAUAUUUAUACAUGUGUUGAAAUACUCCUUUAAACUUUAUUCAUGUUCCAUAAACUUUGUUUGAUUUAAUCGUUUUAAAAUUUGAUGAACUGUUUUAUCAUAAUUUCUGUGGGCGCAUUUCACCAAAUCAAAUAUCAGUGACACUGAUGGGAAGUGAACAACAUAUAAACCCGAGGUUGAUGAGAUUUGUCUCCGGAAUUUUACCGCCAUAUCCACUCAAAACACGUCAAUCGGUAUUUUCCAUUAUAUUUAUCAUUAAUAGUUGUAUUAUGUAACUUUCAAUGUUAUUUUUAAACGUUGUAUAUUCAUCCAAAAAAAUAUUUAGCAACUAAACUGAUGACGUUUUAAUGAAAUAUAAAGAAAGUAAUUAUAUCAUUAAAUAUCCUUAAUACUGAUAUAUGAAGUGUUAUAAGAUUUUGAUAUUUAUUUAUUUGAAAGAAAAGAAGAUGAAUUUUUAUUGUCUUACUCAUUUUUCGGUUUCCUAUUUCAAGUCUACGGUUACCAUGUAGAUUUUUUUCAAAAAAGUUUGCAAGUUAUCACCAAGGUCAGGUUAAGGUUACUAAUACUUUAUGUGAAUGAUAAACUUUGUACCUCAUAUGAAUAUCAAAGAUGUUUUAAUUGUUCGAGUGUGAACUUUAAGCAAUAAAAAAUAUCAAAUUUUACAUGCAAAGCGAUUUGAUCUGUGACACUCAGUUAAAGUUUCAAUUUUUAAGACUUUUAUAUUUUGGUGAUCUGUAUUUUGUAUUUAUUUGCCGAGUCAUUGCAAUCAGCUCAGGAGUAACAAGUAUAGUGCAUUGCACGUAUUUUGUUUCUUGUAGGAUUUUUAUAAGAUGAAAUGUACGAUCCGAGUAAAAUUGUUAUUAUAAGGCCAAGAUGGAAAUACUUGUUUACGCUUCCCUUACCUACCCUUCGUUAAGGCCUCAACAUGCCUUCUUCUAUACAGUUUGAAUCGGAUUUUAAGGAAGUAAUAAAUGACACAUAGUAGGUGGUCCUAACAAACUCGAAUAAAAACAAGAAAUCAUAUCAUCUUACCCCAUUUUUUAAAGGAGGAAAUAAUAUAUACAUAUUUUGUUGGUUGUCCUUGCAAUAAUUCGUUAUUUAUUGUUGAGAAUUUGUGUACUAAUGCUCAGGGUUCGGGUUUUAACCGGUUUUUUUUUAAUUCAAAAUAUUAUGUUGAUCGAUUCUGACGUGAAUAUGAAAUGUUAUUUGCCUUUCCAGUGGUGGAUCCAGGAGGAGGAUUCCGGGGGUUGGAACCCCCCUUUUUGGACGAUCAAUGCCGCUUUGAAAAAGGAAUCUAGUUUGAACCCCCCUUUGUCCUGGGUUGGAAACCCCCUUUUAAAAUGGCUUGAUCCCGCCCCUGCUUUUAACAAAUGCGCUUGCUCUUCAACACAGGAAAGGGUCAAGGCGUUAGCACACCUUCACCAAAAAUUAUUAUGAGAUUUUUUUUCUUAGACCCCAUCCCAUAUAUACAUAUACAUGCUACUAUAACUGUAAUCCUUGAAUGGGAUAUUUGUACAUUUGUGAUAUAAGUUGUUUUAUAUGUUUAUAUAUUGUAUGCAUAAAUUAUACUAAGUUACAUUGGAGAUAUUAUAAUAAAUUUAUAUUGUUAUUCAUA